ACCGGGGGGGAGUCAAUAAUAAUUCGAAUUUGAAAUAUUGUGAUACAAUCGUACAUUUUUCCAGAAGAAAAACCUUUGACUUGUAGAUAAAGAUAACAACAUACCUUAUUGAAGAGAUGGAUGACACAGCUGCAAAAGAAUCGAAAGAAUUAAUAGAUGAACUAAAACAGCAAUCCGCGGCAUUACAAACUACGAAAGAGGAAGAAAACGAUGAAUCGAAAAAUAAUGGGAAAAGUGAAGGCGGAUCCAGGGUAUACACCGAUCCCAACGACGGAACUCAGUAUGAAUGGGAUGAAAAUAAACGAGCAUGGUUUCCUAAGAUUGAUGAAGAUUUUAUUGCAGCUUAUCAAAUGAACUAUGGGUUUACACAAAACGAAACAAGCAGUAACAAAGACGAGGUCAAAACAGAAGCACAACCAACAAUGGGAAGCACUACUACCAAUAUCAAUAAGCCUCAAGAUGAAGUGAUCUCAAACAUUGGACAGAAAAGAAAAGGGAAGGAACCUCCAGCAUGGUUUGAAAUGGACGAAACCAAAAACACUAAUGUUUAUGUUUCUGGUUUGCAUGAAGAUACCACCGAGGAAGAGUUUGUCGAACUCAUGAGCAAGUUUGGCAUCAUCAUGGAAGAUUCUGACACCAGAAAACCAAAGAUAAAACUGUAUCGUGACAGUGAGGGUAAUCUGAAAGGUGACGGAAGAUGCUGUUAUCUUAAGGUCGAAAGUGUAGACUUAGCCAUCAAACUUUUGGAUGAAUCAAACUUCAAAGGAAGAACCAUAAAGGUUGAAAAGGCACAUUUCGAAAUGAAAGGAAAAUUCGAUCCGUCUUUGAAACCUAAAAGAAAGAAGAAAAAGAAAAAUAAGAAAGGCAAGGGUCAAGAUAAGUUGCUCGACUGGGUUGAGCGCGAGGAAAAAGUGUCAAAACUUGACAGAAUUGUGGUUAUAAAGAAUAUGUUUGAUCCCAAAGAUAUGGAAAAAGACCCAGGUUUGAUAAUGGAUCUUAAAAACGACACAAGGAAAGAAUGCGAGAAGUAUGGUGUUGUUCGAAAAGUUAUUGUUUUUGAUAGACACGAGGAUGGUGUCGUGUCUGUUGGGUUUGCCGAAAUGGAGCCUGCAGAAACCUGCGUAAAGGAAAUGAAUGGCCGAUGGUUUUCUGGGCGAAGGCUCGUUGCUCAGAAAUGGGAUGGUGUGACGAAAUACGACGUUGAAGAAACCGAGGAAGAAAAAGAGGAAAGACUUAAAAAGUGGGAAGAAUAUUUGGAAAGAAAGGGUGAAGAACAAGACGCUAAUUAAUUGCACUUUGUUAUAAAAUGUUCGGAUUGAUUUUCACCAAAGUGUUGAAUGUCAAAGAAAUGCGUUUCAUUACGGAUAUUUAUGAAAACUCGAAAAGAAUUUUUCACUAGGGGAAUGAGGACGACAAAAUGAACGUUUCGCUUAUAUCUGCAAGCACCAAACGGAUUGUAUAGCUACAUAUUGUGCUCAUUAUUCUUUUUGUGUACAUAGAUGAUGUCUUUUGAUGCAAUAAUGAAAGAAUUGUCAAUACUAAGUGAACGUGAAUUACAUCUUUAUAAUGGUG